AGCCAACAUAAACAUAACCUUUAUAAAAAGCAUAUUUAUUCUCCAAAACUUUGAAAAUGGCUAAAUUGGGAUCCUACUAUGCACUAUGCCCAAUAAUUGACACAAAAAGUAUCCUAGGUAUAACAGAAGAUGCAGAAAAAGGUUUCGUUAUUGCGACAUUGGAUAAAAAUAUCGCCAGCAAAUAUAAGUUAUCGGACCAAAAGCAAAUAGUAUGUUGGCGUACCAGAGAAAAAUUCAGUUCUCCUGUAUUAUACGUAAAAACGCUUUCAAAAUAUGUAGCUGUAUUCAAUCAGUCUUACAUCAAGGUUUGGGAUGCUGAAGAAAACUUGGACAAAGUGAAGAAAUACAAGUUUAACAAACCGAUACACACAAUCUUCAACAAUUCAGAUAGCACAUAUAUUGUUUUCCAAAAUGGAUCUGUAUAUAGGUUACAAGAAGCUUUGGAUGAAAGGAAAACUCUUCAUCCUUCAGAUAUAUUUGAUGGUGAAAUUGUGGAUGUUUUGUAUAAGAAAUUGAAAGACUCAUUGUAUGUCGCUCUGAUAGUUGUUGAAAAUGAAGAAUAUCACUUACAUUGGACAGUACUUAAUGAUGGAAAAGCAAUUUUCAACAAAAUAGAUUUGAACAGAGAAGACUUGGCACUUAAAGGAUGGGCAUUUCAUGUAUGGCAAGAUAGAAUGAAUUUUUUGUCAUGUUGGUCAGACCAGAGCAUAUUUUCAACUGCCCUAGAUGAUAAUGAAGCACAAAACACUAUAGGAGAUCUGUUCACUGUCGUUGAUUCAGUUUCAAUGAAGCAUAAAGUCUCCUUAACGCCUUUGGACGAGAAUUAUGUUGCUCUAUUUGGAGCCAACUCAAAUGAAGAAGGAGCUGUAUUAGUAUUGUACAACACUCAAUUCAAAGUUACUCAAACUAAACAACCUUUCAAAUUGUUCAAUGAAAAUUCUAGAAUAUGGCUUGUUGACAAUAACCUCAUAUUGCCUGUUGGUCAAAACUUGGCAGUUAUUCCUUUCUAUUUAGAAACUGAGCAACUCGCAGCUUUGAUCGGAAGUCACAAAGCAUUGAACGAUCGUCUAGAUGCUGACAUUAAUAUUGUCACUGAAGUCGAGGUUUCAUCUUGGGAUGCAAAAAUCAAAGUGGAAGAGAAAAACAUUCCAGCGUUGCUCCAAACAAAAGUUGACAUAUAUAUAGAACAAGGAUAUCCUGAAUCACUUGUUUUGGAAGAGUUGCUUCCAGAUAUUCUAAAAAACAACGAUGUGGACAUGCUCAAUGCGUGCCUCCAAUUUUUCUCUGAUAUACCAGAGAAAUGUUUGGCUAGAAUUCUGCAAUAUCUACUCACUGCAAACCCACAAGUUUUCUUAUUUAAGAAGUGCUCUAUUGAGAAUUUUCCUCCUGGUUUACAGCCGCUACAGAGGAAAAAGUUGAUAGACAAAAUAAUGAGCAUAUCAUACAGUGAAACAAUUUUGUUGCCACACUUGAAGGCAAUGCUUACUUUAAAAGAUCUCAAACCGCUGCUAGAAUAUAUUUGUUAUGCUUGGGAAUCUGACGAGUUUCUACUGCCCAAUUUGAAUGCUGUGGAAACAGAAAAAAAGCUGAUGGAAUGGAGCUGCAUCCUUAUUGAUGCAAAUUAUCAAAAAAUAGUAUUGUCCAAGGAUGAGGAAAUCUUGGAAGUGUUUUAUAAGCUGAGAAAAUUAGUAGAUCAAAGUCUAGCUUAUCUGGAGGAAUGUGAACAGUUAGAACCAAUACUUAGAACUUUAAUUAAAGGAAAAUACCAGCAGAAGGAUUACAGUUGCAAUUUGAGAUAUUCCAUAGAGCAACUAAGUCUGUAUUAACAAAUGAACAAUAAUUCAUAAAAUUCUGAAAUUCGUAUCUCUAUAUGAAAAGAAAGAACUGUAAAAAGAUUGGUACAUUGUCAGUAAGAGGAAAGAAUACAACUUGUGUAUUAGAUAAUACAUUUUUACAAUGUAAAUAAUAUUACAGCAUUAUACAUAUUAAUUGUUUGUACUGUUUUUAUUCAUUAUCCAAUUAUCUAGGGCUAAAAAGCUAGGCUACUUCUACUAUCCUAACCGGCAAACUUUGUAAUCUCUAUUUCACAUUUGAGGUGCCCUUAGAUUCCUCUUGAACGCAUAAUUAAAUCUUCAUUCUUUUUAGUUGCAGU